UGCGCGCAUUCACCGGCAGCUCUGAACAUCACCAUAAGCGUGUGCGCGCAAAGAAGAAAAAGCCCGGACAACGUUGACGCGGUAGCUAGGAAAAAGAAAGAAAAAAACCUAAACUGCGAAACGGAGUGCUAUUUUUAAUGAGAUUCAGAUGUUUUUGUCGACGGACGCAUACAGGUUAUUACGACAAUGUGCGAUGCCUGUCUCUGAUGUUCCAGAUUUCGUUAAAUCUGCUCUCGUUUCUUUGAGGAAGAUCCAUCACUGAGAUCUUGACAGCAUUACAGCCGAUGAGAGGUGCACCGGAUAUACUAUUUAUACCCAUACACAAAGAGCAGCAAUAAUGCUUAUUGUCGAUUUUGCCAUUGCCAUUUGUUUUGCAAUGUAAUCUCAGUAGUCUCACUUGUUUUCUAGAACAGAGGUGGAAGGAACAGAACGGGAUUUUUUAUUCACCGAAUGCAUUAUACUACCAAACAUUAUUUAUUUAAUUCAUUCAUGAACAAUUCUGGUGUGACAAAAAUACUUAUUCUAUCUGGCCAAUCAAAUCAAGGACGGACAAAUCCUAACUACUUAAAAUUUGAUCAAAUCUUCAUUUAUCUCCAGUCAGUGGACUCGCGGCAGAAGCGCAUUUCUGAGGGUACUGGUGGGGGAGAUAGGGGGAGAUAGAGACGCCGGAAAUAGCUGAAACAAGACACAGGAGAGUAGACGGUUGGGAGCAGCGAGAAAAAUGCUUCCUUCGCAAGAAGCCUCAAAGAUUUACCAUGAUAACUAUAUGCGUAACUCUCGAACCAUCGGCGUUCUGUGGGCCAUCUUCACCAUCUGCUUCGCCACCAUCAACGUGGUAGUUUUCAUCCAGCCUUACUGGAUCGGGGACAGCGUGAGUACACCACAUGCCGGUUACUUCGGGUUGUUCCAUUACUGCGUGGGCGACGGAAACUCGAACCGGGAGCUGAUUUGCCAGGGAACAUUUUCCGACUUCAGUUCCAUCCCGUCCGGCGCGUUUAAGGCGGCCUCUUUCUUCGUGCUGCUGUCCAUGGUGCUCAUUUUGAGCUGCAUCGCCUGUAUGGCGCUCUUCUUCUUCUGCAACACAGCCACCGUCUACAAAACCUGCGCUUGGAUGCAGCUGCUUUGCGCUGUGUGCCUGGUGCUGGGCUGUUUGAUUUUCCCAGAUGGCUGGGAUGCAGAGGUCAUCCGAGAUAUGUGCGGAGAGGAGACAGGAAAGUACACACUGGGCAACUGUUCAGUGCGCUGGACUUACAUACUGGCCAUCAUCGGCAUCCUAGAUGCUCUCAUCCUGUCCUUUCUUGCAUUUGUCCUCGGAAACCGCCAGAACGACUUUAUACAUGAUGAAAUCAAGGCUGAAAAUAAAGAUUUGGCAGGAUCCAGGCAACCUCUACGUGUAGGGUCUUCUCUUCGAGUGGAUGGAAUUGAGAUCCGGGCUAAAGACCCUCGAUUCGGUGUCCAGCAGUUUCCGUGAGGAGACAGCAUCCUCCCUCCUUUAUCUUCUCCUCCAACCCUCUCUCCUUGUCCUCAGGCCUGCGUCUCUAAACUCAGUCAGGAUGCUGCUAGUUCAGCUUUUGUAAUAUUGAAAAAGACUGGAAUACACUUCAAGAAGAGAACAUAUUCAACACCUAUUUAAAACCAUGAGAAUUUAAAACCAAUAAAAAGAAGAAAAGAUCAGCUUUACACAAACCAACAACUCUGGGAAAUUAACAAGUUACAUAUAUUGCUACUGUUAUUUAAUAAUGCUUUGAUGACAAUUAUGAUGAUAAUCAUGAUUACGCUUGCAACAGCGAUAUUAUGUUCAGACUUUCAUAUUUUAUCUAAAAUGGGGAACAUAUUUGUAGCUUUAAAAAAAUAUAAUGAAUCAAUGCAUAUAUGUACAAGAGAUUGGGUGCUACUCUGGACACGCAGAUGAAAAGGAAAAACAUCAAGCCAAAAAUUUAAAUUGAAAAAAAAAAAGACAAAAAAAAAAGAAACAUUUUGUACAACACAAGAUGUAAUUUUGAAGGCCAUUUUUUCUGACAAAUUUUGAAUUCCCCCCUUUGUACAAGUGGUCAGCAAUCAGAGUUAAUUGAGGAAUUAAAUAGUUAAUUUGUAAAUUCUAUAUUUAUAUGGAUACAGGGUACAGCCAUUAAGCAUUUAUUCACCCACAUCAUAUUCCUUCUACAAACUGGAGUGGAUUUAUCUCUCAGUUCACCUAAAGGUACCAAUAACCCUUCUACAACUGUGCAACAGAAAAGGCUAACAACAGUUAAAUACACCACUAUCCCACAGACAUCUAAUUUGGCAUGAAAAUCUCUUUUUUACAGACACGUUCUCUCUUGAUAUUUCCUUUUUCACUAAACCUUUUGGAGAAAGUGAGACGCAUUUAUCAAUAGUGAUUAGCAUGUAAAUAUUCUUUGGAUAUUCUUUUACAUUGAUUUCCUAAUUAUUCAUUUUCUGCAGAGUUUUGUGGUCAUUUAGACCAAGAAUUUGUUUUAUUGUUUUCAUUAACCAUUUGUCUUGAGAAAAAGCCCUGCAUGCUGCAUUUUACUCAGGCCCAACAUGUUCUUAUCUGCCAUCUCCCACAUUGGAGCACAGUGGUACAGCACAAAGUUAACUGGAACACUUCGAGGUGACUACUAAGACUUGGUACACAGUCAUGAAAGUGACGACCUCUAUGUUUCCAAGGCAAGAUGUGUAGCACAAUGAUUCACAAUGAUUCAAGCAUAAACUCACCAUACAUUCAAUGGACUGAUGUGGCUUAAUUGUUCACAAAUGGAACCAACCAAUGAUAUCAACGGUACCAAUUGCGAAUAAGACAAAUAUUAAUAUUUUGUUAAAGAUUUCUUAAAUACUGUACCUGCACCAUGGUGCACCAUCGAAAUCUGAAUUUGUGUGCAAAAUCAAUAUUGGUCGAAGGUUUUACUUUGUUACAAAUGUGUUUUUAUCAACAUCUCCCUCCACUCUGUGUUAAACAAUCUUGUUAUGGCAUGAUUUCUGCUAAGUGGUGGGAAGGAACACAGACCUGCAAGAUGUACUGGACAACACCAGUUAUGAUCUUCCUAAAGAGGAAAGCCCCGUUGGGGUAGGUCAAGCCCCUAUUCUACGGCCCCUUAAGUGGUGGAUUUUGGAGGCGACAUGAUAAGGACUCAGAGCUGAAAAUAAGAUGUGAUGUACUCCAUGGUGCUUAAACCCUCCUCACCCUUAGAUAAAGACUGCUUUGCUGCUCCCCAUCUACCUCAGCCUUGAACCCCUCCUACUCUAUUUUCUUGAUACACUCCGCUGUGAGACAAGCUAGAAAUGAAUACUAGAUCAGACGGAGAGUGGGGGUAUGAGGAGCAGGAAGAACAGACUGCAUUGGACUUUGAGGCUAAUGGGUUUCCAUUCCAUAAUCUUAAAAUACAGCUUUUGUAUAAACUCCCUGCAUCCCAUCGUUCAUCUACUCUACCCUUAAAAGUUUAGGAAAUGCUAAGAGAUUUUUGUUUGUUUGUUUGUUUGUUUUAAAGAACUUGAGACUUUUCCUCACCUAUGAUGCAUUAAAUUGAUCAGAAAUUCAGUUACGUAAAGCCAUUUACAAUGCUGUACAAUGCAGUUAUCAAUGAUGUAUUAUAUACAGCUGUAUUAUAAAUGCUGCGUUAUUC